AUGUGCAGGAAAUUAGUCAGACACAUAAACCCCUGGAGGGAGCUUGGCGUGAAUGAUGUUCAGGGCCUAACAAAGCAAGGGUGCUCCAACAACUGUGGCGUGUUUGUUUUGAUGUACACGCUGUACAUUGUAAUGGGGGCCAAUUGUGACUUCAGAGAGGAAAACAUGCUGCAAAUUAGGAGAUGGUGGUGUCUUGUCCUCCUACAGAACUUCCCCAUGCCGUCUAAGGAAACCAGAUUGCAGGAAAGAAAAAGACGGAGAAAGCAAAAAGGAAAACAGGAUCUGGAAGUGGUCCCUCCAAAAAGUAUUCGGCUUUCUGAAUCUGUCUCUGAAGCAUCAGCAAAGGCUGAGAGCUUGCCGGAAGUGGGAACUGGGAACGGAGAGGAUUCCCUGCUUAUGGACACCUUAACGGCAGCAAGGUGGUGUGGCACAAGAUCCUUCAAGGGAAAACUUUACCUUCCCCAGGUCAUCACCAUGAACAAGGAAGAUUCCUUGAGGGCAGUGGAAAUGCUGCGCAUGUGUGAUGGCCUGGAUGAAGAGUAUAAAGAAGACCUCAGUGAACCGUUCAUGUUUAGUUUGCAGGCAGACUAUGAGGAGUUCUGCAAGGAAAUUAUGGACAAAAGGCAGCUGCAGGUGUUUUCCGGCUUUGAAAUGAGAUAA